CUAUAACUUCCUUCCUGUCGCGCGGGUCUCGUGGUUUUCGGAUCGUCGGGCUCCAUGGCGUCCACGAGUGUCUCCUUCUCCGAGGACCUGACGUGCUCCAUUUGCCUGAUGCUGUUCACGGACCCGGUCACGCUGCUCUGUGGUCACGCGUUCUGCCGUGGCUGUAUCCGGGACUGUCUGGACCUGAGCCCCACCUGUCCACACUGCCGCGCACCUGUGGACACGCGCGGACUGCACCUCCUCAACAGCCACGUGCUCAAGAACCUGACGGAGAAAACCCGAGAGGCGACCAAGCGCAAGAGGGAGGACGGACAAGACAAACAGACGGGACCGUGGACGUGCUCUGAACACUUCGAAAAGUUCAAAUUGUUCUGCAGUGAUGACCAGCAGCUCGCGUGUCUGAUCUGCAGAGACUCUCAGAAACACUCGCAGCACAAGUUCGAACCAAUGAGUGAAGCUGCUGCUCUGAUAAAAAAGAAGCUGAAGAUUCUGGCCUACAACGUGAGCGCAGACACCAACGCUCUGGAAACGCUCGCUGAAACACAGAAAGAAGCAGUGACGAGGACCAAACAGCGUGCCCAAGAGCUCAAAACGAUGAUCAGAGACAAGUUCAAAGAAAUGUACCAGUUUUUAAACGAGAGGGAAGAAGCGCUCGGUGCGUUAGUGAAGGGUGCAGAGGAACAGGGGAUGCAGAGGAUGACCAAGAGCCUGCACGAGAUUGAAGAGGCCAUAGCCGAGAACAAAAAGAUCAAAACGAAUGUGACGUCGGCUCUGGAAAUCCACCGUCCUGAGCGAUUUCUGAAGACCUGGACUGAAGAGAAGAUGUUCAACGUGACUUUUGGUUCCUUCAGCCCCAAAAGAGAAAACUUCCAGGUGGAGAAGACGGAGCUGUCCCUGGGGCCGUACGAGAGCCACCUGCAGAUGUUCAUCUGGAAGGAGAUGAUCCAAGUGGUGGAGCCCAGGGAAGAACAUCUGCUUCUCGAAAUAGACCAAACCAGCCUGGCAGUGUCCCGGGACCAGAGCAGCGCUUUAGUCUGCAACUACCAACAUGGAGGAACACGAAGAAACGACGAAUUCAGGAAAAGACGCAUCCCCGUACUUCCAAACUCCACACGCAGUACUGAGCGACUGGGCGGGCGGCACUACUGGGAGGUGUACGCUGGUGGACGGAGCGACUGGGAGCUGGGCAUACCUCAGUGUGUGCUGAAGAAGCUUGAUGGAAAGUUUCACAUCUAUACUUUGGGUCACUCCUCGGCUCUCAAUCUUGAAUGUAAACUGAGCAAAAUCGGACUCUACCUGAACUGUCCCAAGAAAGAGCUGUCCUUCUUUAACGCAGAAACCUUGGCGCACAUCCACACCGCCAACCUGGAGGGCACCGCCUUCCCCGUGUCGGCCUACUUUAAGCUGGGCGAUGGCCUCAGUCAUGACCCCCUGACAAUAUGUAGAUACUGAAAUAAAUCAAAACAUUACACUACCGGUCAAAAGUUUUAGAAGACCACACUUUUUCCCAGUUUUUUACUGUUUACCAAAACGUAUUCUAAACUUUUGAUUCGUGAAAGUGUCCACCUUUUGGCAGAUUUAACAGCUGAACACGCUCGUGGCUCGUUCUUUUUAAAUCCGUGCGUUCAUUUGUUUUUCAAUAUAAAACCAAAAAUAAGAGAAUGAAAAAAUAACUGUUUUCAUUAUUUGUCUCCAAAACUAAAGUGAAAAAACGGAUAACAAUUAGUUUUUUCAGUUUUUGAUUUUGCGUUUAAAUGAAUAAUGGAAAAAAAACAGAUAACGGAUGUUUCCCAUAAACUGUGAUGCAGGACUGAACCAGGACUGAACCAGGACUGAACCAGGACUGAACCAGGACUGAACCAGGACUGAACCAGGACUGAACAGUUUUCAGUCCCGGUCUUAGUCCUGGUCCUGUUUCCGGUUUCAGUCGUCGUCUCAGUUCUGGUCUGGUCCCGUUUUAGUCCUGGUCUUAGUCCCGAUCUCAAUCACGGUCUGGUCCUGGUCUCAGUUCUGUUCUGGUCCUGAUUUCAAGUCCUGGUCCCGGUUCCAGUCCUGGUUCAGUCCGGCAUCUGUUUGUCACGGAAACAGCCCUUAGCCGUUUUUCCAUUAUUCAUUUAAACACAAAAUCUUUUUUCAUUUUGGUUUUGGAGACAAAUACUGUGAUUAAAAAAAUAAGUUUUUAAUUUUUUUUCUUGUUUUAUUUUGAAAAACAAACGAAUGAACGAAUACAGAAAUCAAAUAUUCUUCUGAAAUUUCUUCCCAAGUCUGUUGCAGAAGUUUCCAUAAAUGUGUGGCACUUGUCGGUUGCUUCACUCUUCUGUCCAGUUCAUCCCAAACCAGCUCCAUGGGGUUUAAGUCUGGACACUGUGCUGCUGCUGGACACUUCAUGUUUUCAACUUUUACCAUCUUGUUCUUUUUUCCUGAGGUAGUUUUGGCAGAGCUUGGACUUGUGUUUUGUAUCUUUUAUCUUUUUUUAACCUCUGUCUGUUCAGUUUUUACCUUUGCACCAUUUCAAGAUCUUCAUUGAGACUUGCACGACUUGAAUAGCAAUAAAUAACUGGAAAAAUGA